AUGCGUCCCCUUCCGCCAGUGCUAACUACGAAGGCGGCGAACAAGCCGAAGCCGAUCCCGGCGAGCCAGCCGUUUCAGGCGCCUCUCUGGGAGCUUCCGUACGUCCCGCCGAAGGAUGCGCCCACCACGCCGGCGCCCGAGGCGCCCGUGCAGGCCCCUGUGGUCGAGGUGGCGCCGACGCGCGUGGAGCUCCCUCCCCCAGCACCUGCGCCUCUGGUGCUGGCCCCGGAGAAGAAGCUGCGCGAGCGGAAAGUUCGCGAGAAGGAAGAGCUUCAGGAUCCCUCCAAGCGAGACGUGGGGGAAGUCCUCCGCAACCAAAAGACGCUGACCCGCCGAGAGGUAUACAGACGCCGCCUGUUUCCAGUCAGUUUCGAGUACGCCGCUGGCCAAGUCAGCGAGGCGGACAUCAUUCUCGGCGAGCGGCCGAACCUCGUGGAGGCGAUCGCGUACUUCCUCUUUCUCGUGGCCUUCAUCGUCUUUGUCGCGGCGAACGCAGACAUCAGCCUGGUCCACAGUGCGAACUCGUCGCUGUAUCGCACGCUCGCCGCCACGCACGUCCCCUCCGGCAGCGGCUACAACGGGUUCAGCGCACUCGCCGCGCAGAGCGACCCCGCGCUGACUGAGGUCACGGUCAAGGGGUCGGAUGCGCUGUACGUUUCGCUGCCGACGCUCAAGACGAAGGCCGACACGGCCUCCUGGCUCCGCGAUGGCUUGUUUGGGCUCCCUUCGUUCCCACACAUCGGCAAGAGCGUCGUCUGCGGGCCUUGCGUGCGUCUGACAGUCCGCCGCGUGAGCUUCGUCACGGAGUCGAGCGAGAUCGGCUACACAGAAGUCUGGCCGGUCGACGCGGCCUCUCCGUCACAGCGACUCGGCUCCGGCAAGCUGGAGCUGACCAGCCCUCUCUCAGAGGUCCUCGGCGGCGUGACAGACGGCACCCAAGGGCGGCUGCAGUGGACGUACACCGCGUACCCCGUCGGCUCCGACAAAACGUUCAACGCGGGAGGCGGCUACGCGCAGAUGGUGUGCGGCGCGGACGCCAAAGAAAUGCUUGAAAACCUCUCGCAGCACCAGCCUCUGUCGAGAUUUCCGCCCUGGUUCCUCCCAAACGCACUCAUCGGAAACCGGCGGACGGUCAACGUCGUCGCAGACUUCCUCUCAGUCAACCCCGAGAGCUACGCCACCUCUUACACCGCAAUCACCUUCCAGUUCACGAGUGCAGGCAGCCUGACUUGGCGCGUCCGCUCGCGGACGGCGCUGUCUUCGGAGGGGAAGAACCUCGCCGGUGUGCGAUAUGGCAGCUUUGGGAUCGCGGUGGCGUUCCUGCUCGCGUACCUCUGGUAUCAGUACGUGCAGGUGCGCGUGGCUGGCGGCUUUCGCCCCUUCGUCAAGGAUUGGUGGAACGCGUUUGCAGUCGUCCAUCUGCUGCUUGUUCUGCUGACGUUUGCCUUUUUUCUGCUGGCCUCCUUCGUCACCUCGGUGCCAGCCGCCUCCGGCGUCUUCACCGAAGAGGGCUUCCAGACCGUGCAGUCGGAGUGGCUCAAAGGCGACCUUACGGAGUCUUUCAACGAGAAGGCCGCGACUGUCGAGAGAGUUGCGACGUUCAGCCAACUCUUCUGGACCAUGGCGGCCAUCGGCACUCUCUGCGGAUGUGUCCUUAUGAUCAGGUAUCUCCGCGUGUGGGGCGGCGCCGCGGCGAAGACUAUGGACUGGACACUCAAGCGCCUCUUCCUCCCGACCCUGAUGUGCAUUGCCUUCAUGCUCGUAGUGCUUUCUCUCUUUGUCGCCAUUGGCAACAUCUCCUUUGGAAUUGAUAACCGCGCCUUCGCAGGCUACUACGAAAGCCUGACGGCUUCGGCGUCGUUCCUUCUCGGAGGCACCGUCGGCAACUACAACGUGUACGAUAUAGUGGAGGAUCAUCGCAUUUUCGCGGGGCUUUACUUCGGGCCUCUUUUCAUCCUUUUUUCCUUCGUCUGCUUCAACAUCCUCGUCGCCCUCGUGCUUAAGACCUACGACUACUGCGCCGAGGAAGUGGAGAAGUCGAUGAAAAAACAGAAGAAAAAAGAAGAUGAUUACCGCCAGACGCGCCUGGGGCGUUGCAUGCACGGCUUGUCGACUUUUUGGAACGAAGUCUCUGCGGGCAUUACCUCCACACACGCGAACGAGAAAAUCGUCGAUCUCGCCUCGGAGAGCUCGCAAGGCGAAAAAGAAGAGGCCGACGACGAUGAACCGCCGCAGUACCCCGGCUGGAUGUGGCAAUCCAUGGGUCUCCCAAGCCCCUACACCGAGGAGGGCUGGAUCGACCCCCACAUCUGGAGCGAGUACGGGCCGUUGUAUGGCGCUUGGGGCGAGUGCUACGACAUCUACGGGGGCACGGCGGCGGAGGGGGGGUGGAUGAACGCGGACGACUUUUACUACAUGCAGUACGCGGACAUGCAGUCGCAGCCAGCGAUCCCGGAAAUCGAUAAGAUUCAGCGCGUGGUGCAGUACAAGCAGGCCGACGACCGCGAGACGUCUUGGCACAAGAUUUUGUGGACUUCCUUUCUCUGCGUGCUGGUCGUCGUCGUGAGCUGGCAGGUGCUGAUUUCCUCCGCACUCCCUCUGCAAAAUUCGGUCAACGCGGCUCUCCGCCGAACAACAUGGACGCCGCCGCCGACGAGUUACACUUUCGACGACCAAAGCCUCGGCUUGAAGCCGCUGGCGCUGACGGUGCUGCAUCCGUCGCGGCCCUUCACGUCGAUUCAGACCGCCGACGACAUCCACAGUUGGCUGGGCUCCGAGACAGGCUUUUUCUACUUCCUCAGAAAAACCACGCCGAGCGACUUCUGGGAGAAAAUCUUCGCCGCAGGCGCGACGACGCCAGACAACGCCACGUCUCGCCCGUUCCUGAUCAACUCAUGGGGCAGUAUGCCGCUUCCGCUUUCGGUGCGCCUGCGUCUGCGUCUGUCCUCCACGACAAGCACGUAUCCGCUCAGCUUCAACUUUCUCGCGACAGACGCGAGUACUUACGACUUGUUUCUCAGCUCGGGCUCCUCUGACGACGAGCUACUUGCGCUGCUGAAGCGAUUCGAGACAAAAAAACUCGUCCGCGCCGCCUGCAGCUCCCUCGAGAUCUCUUUUCUGCUCUACAACAACUUCAAAAAACGCAAUCAAGUCUCCCUCGCCUCCAUCAAAUUCGACGUCACGUCGGGCGGAAGCGUCAAAACCGUCGUCCACGUCCCAAGCAUGGGUCUGAAGCCAUACGACAAGCAGCAGGGCGGCGCGGCGAUCAUUUUGCAGUCCUUCGUGUUGCUCAUGCUGCUUUUCUUCGUGGCCUCGGGGCUGUAUUUGCUCUAUCGCUCGUUUCACGACGCGCCGUUGGAUCACAUCAACUGCGGCUCGGUCUGCUUUCGCCUUUUCUCGUAUUUCUGCGACAACUUUUUCAACCUCCUCGAUCUGGUGUUGCUCACGCUUUUUAUCGCGGCCGUCGUCCUCUGGUGCUUCUUCGCCUUCAGCACCGUGCAUCGCAUCUACUUCACCACGAGCGGGAGUGGGUUCGCCUUCAGCGCAGGCACCACGGAGGCUCCACAGGCCGCGCCCGAAGAGGCUCCACAAACCGCGCCCGAAGAGGCUCCACAGGCCGCGCCCGAAGAGGCUCCACAGGCCGCGAUGUUUGCCAAGCGCGCCGCGGCCGCUGCGGCGUCGGGCGAGGCGUCUCCAGAGGCUUUUGCGGGCUCUUCGUCCUCUCCGGACGCUGGCGCGGGCGCGGCGCCCGGCGCGGACAGUGCGUUGUAUCAAGAGAUGAAUGGUCUCUUCUCGUCGCUGCGGGAGGCGCAGCAUUUGCUCGAGGUGUACGUUCAGCUAUGCGGCGCGGUCGUUGGGCUGGCCUUCAUGCGCACGCUGCGUCUGUUUGAGAAGCGCAAGCGCAUGGUAGUUUUGUUUUUCACGGUCGUCGAGGCCUUUCAGCAUCUGCUGUUCCUCAUCUUCACGCUUUUCUUUGCGUACCUGGGGUUGGUGUUCACAUGCUAUCUCUCGUUCGGCUCGGAUGUAGAUGCGUUCGCGGGCGUCCAGGCUUCGUUUGUUUCCUCCUUUCUGCUGCUGCUCGGCUCCUUUCCGCUCUCGGAUCUCUUCCGCGCGAACGGCAGCGUGGCUGCCAUCGUGGUGUACCCCUUUCUGUUUCUUGUCAACCUCAUUUUUCUGUCGCUUUUCCUCUCGGUGCUGUUGCGCUCCUUCGCCGCGCGACUCGGCGAAGUCGAGAGCGCGGAGGCCCUCUUGGCGCGCCCGCCGCGGACGCUCAUGCAGAGCGUGCGGCUCUUCUUCAAGGAGUUGGUCUGCCAGUUCGAGGCGCCUGCGGCCGCGCCUGCCGCGCGCACGCCGCCCGCCGCGGAGGCGGGCGAGGAGGAGGAGUCGCUAGACGAGUUUGCUGUUGUGCAGGAAAUCGAUGAAGCCGCGCGGAAGCGCCGCAACAAGCCGCUGAAGGUCAUUGAAGUCCCGAAGGAGAUCGUGACGACGCAGCUGACCGACGAACAGUGGAUCAAACUCCCGCCGAAAGUGCGCGAGUGGGCUGCCGUCGAGGCCGGCGAGUUCGCCGACCUCUUCCGCCAGCUGUUCGUCCAGUCGGAGCUCGCGGGAGAGAAGAAAGUCGGCUUCAUUCAGCAGACUGAGAAGAAGUUCUUCGAGAAGAUCUCCGUGCUCGCCAAAGAAGUGGAGCAGCAGGAGGCGCACCUUGGUCACCGUCUCGCAGUCUACAAAAACAAUAUCCGCAUUGAACAGGACAAACUCGCCAACUACACGACCUACCUCGAACAGGCCCUCGACGAGAGACAGCGCGAACUCGAAAUGCUCAGGCGUGAACUCGAACUCAUCAAAACGCGCGCAGAAGAAAGAAAACAGGAAGCCGACCGCAGACGCGCCAGCCGACACUAG